UAGUUAUAGGAUAAUUUUAACGGCAAGAAAUAUUCAAAGUAUAGUGUGUAUUAAUUAUGUUGCAUAAAAUAAAUAAAAAAUUAUAAAAAUUAGAGAUAAUUUAAAUUCAUUUUUUAUUUAUAUAUUUGUAUUAUUUAAUGUAAUCAAUAUCUUAAUCAUGAAAAUAAAUAAACAAAGCGAGUUUAUUAAAAGUAUAGGUAUUUGCAUGUAUAAUAUUACUUAAAAAAGUGAGUGUGAGGGUCGCCUACGCGUUUAAAAGAUCUACCUAAGCGUAUAUAUAUAUUUCGCGAUUAUUAUAAUACUCACGUUGUAAGUAAUGUUAGUCACGUGACCAAUGAGAAUAGUAGAGAAUAAAAAAGGGCAAAAGGGACUCGAAUAAGAAGCUACUCCGAUGUGAUCGGACCAUCACUUGUAUAUAUAUGUACAUGUAUAUAGAGAUAAAAGAUUUUUUUUGCUUGCUCUGGUAAGCGUAAUGCUUUAAAUAAAGGGCUUUGCUUUUGCCUAAACACACUUAUACACACUUACACACACACAUAUAUUUAUUAUAUAUUUGCUCGUUGCCCGUGCUAAAGUGAAUUUAUUUAAAAACUCCUCUAAGAAAAGUUAAUAUUUAUUUCGAUAAAGAUCCAUUUUAAGUUAAUAAAUAUAUGUUUAAUUUUUUUUUUUGUAAAUUAAAAGUUUUUCAUAUACAUCAUAGUUCAUAAUUUUAAUUUUGGAGCAUUUUAGUUACUGAAAGCUGGAUAAUAACUCAAUUGAAUGAAACCACUAAAUUAUUAUUAUUAUUAUUAUGGUUUAAUGAAGGCGUUCGUUAUUUAUAGAAAAAAUAAAAAACAUUAUUGUAAAAGAAAAAACGUUAAAAGCCCAAAUAGAUUAACUAUCUUGUAUCUAAGUAGCAUGUACUCUUAUACGUACAUAUUUUGGGUCUGUCGACUCUUUUUAUCUGCGGUUCACUGACUGGAAUUAAAUACAUACUCCCUCAUUAUUUGUAACCAGAGGGUUAUUUUCAAAUAAUUUGUAUAAUACCAACGUAUAAAAAUAUAACUAAACUUUUAAAUAUUAUUUAACUAAUAAACAAUUAAUGAUAUAAAAAAUAAAUAACAUAUAUAUAUAGUAGACAAUGAAAUUAUUUUACAUGUUUAGAAUGACCAUUUUUUCGGCAAAAUUCCGACUGCAUUUGUAUAUAUAUAUAUAUAUAAAUUUACACGGUAUAUACGGGAAACGGUUGCUACAGAUGCACCGUUAUGCAUAAAAGAUCAGCAUGGGUCAAACGUGAAGAAUCGGGAAUCUAGGAUAUAUGUGUGUAUUCGGUCAACAAUGUCAUUUAAUUCAGCUAUAAAAUAUCUAUAUAUAUAUAUCGAAAUAAUUUGGUUAUUGACAUUGAUUUAUUAUUAUAAAAUAUUAAUAUUUAUUAUAUCUAUAUGGAAUUGAAAAGACAUAAUAAUAAUAAAUAAUAUUAAUACGAAAUGAUAAAUGUAUUUAAGAAAGGAUACAUAAAAAGGAGAAUAAAAAGUCGGUAAGAAAAAAGAUGAGAAAGUAAUGAAAGAAGAUUAGGGAACAAGUUAUUAAAUCUAAAGACCCGCUUUUAAAUUUUUUAUUCGAUCGUCUCACAUUUCUCUCAAGGAUCUUUUUUUUUAUAAAUCCUCAUCCACUAGAUGUUAGAUAAAUAUAUACAUAUAUAUAUAUAUAUGUCUUGCAUUUCGAUGUUAAAAACUAUAGACACGUUUUUGUUAGACUAUACAUAAUCAUAUUUUAUAUUUUUUUGCCUUAAAUCUUGGAAAUCUUAUAUCAACAAUCACUGGCAUUAAACAGUAUUUUCUUUAUAAAACAAAAUUAUAUAUCCAUAUUCACUUAAUAUUUAAUUAAGCCAAAUAAAUUUAUUCUAGUUAUCAUCAUUAUUUAAACCAAAUUUUCAAAAAUAAACAUUAGUGUAUCAAAUUGAAAGAUUGAAUGACUUAGUUACAGAUGAAUAGCAUGUGAAGAUAAAGAUAAAAUAGUAGUGAAGUACACAGUGUCUAUAGUGGUAAUUUUUCUUUAAGGGGUUAGGGGUAGUCAGAAUUUUCAAAAAAUCGAUUUUUUUUUUUUUGCAUUUUCUUAAAGUAUAAUAUUUUUAAAAUAUUGUGUGAAAAUUUGAAGUGAAUCCGACAAAUUCUUUUCGAGUUAUUUAACAAUGACCAAAGGACGCUCGGGUGCUACGUGGCAUUCGAGAGCAGGUAGCUAGAAACAGCUGCAAGCAACCGACCUUUCGGGUUUCAUUGCCAUGAAUAUCUCCCCAUUUUAAUGUAGUACAAGAACUGAAAAAUAAUUUUUGGUUGCCAGUAUACCUGUAGUCGUUGCACUGAUCAGUCGAUAGUUUUGUGAUAAAUUAUUUCUCAAGUGAAUUAAAUUAUUAACCAUGGGACGUGAUUCUAGAAAGGUUUCAAGAGAACUUCGGAGUUCUGAAAAAAUUAAUAAGUCGCGUUCAGUCAAAAGAAAGAAUGUUUUUAAUCCGAAAACAGCCGAAAGUGAUGAAAGUAUUCAGAGUACAUCUUCUAAAAAAUUAAAACAAAACACUGAAGAUGAUGUACCUGAAGACAGCAGUACUGAAUUUCGAAUAAUAAAUUUGAUGAAAUUCGAGUGAUGAAAAACCGAAUCAUGAUAUGUGUCCAAAAGGCGAAGAAUCUUGGUGCUCUUACCAGCGCGCUGAAGCAAGAGGAGAGCUUGAUACCUAUUCUCACGAUUAUUCUCCCUUACCUUCUGAUGUUUUAAAAGCUAUCAAGCCUAUAUACGAAGGUCUUAGUAAUGAAAAUUUACUUUCAAGAUGUGUAGGUGGAUUCAAUCAGAAUAAUAAUGAAAGCUUUAACCAACUAGUAUGGAAAAUAUGCCCAAAAACGGUAAAUACUAGUUUUACUGUCGUACAAAUAGCUGCAUACGUUGCUAUGUGUAUAUUUAAUGAGGGUAUAAAUUCAUUAUUAGUCUUGAUGAAUACACUAGGACUUAAUUGUGGGCCUAAUUCUCAUCGGUAUGCAGAAAGAAUGGAUGCUGCACGUAUCAAAGUAGCAGAUAAGCGCGCUAAUGAUAACACCCGAGAAGGUCGAUUGCAACGUAGGCACCAGCAAAUCAAUAUUUUGGAAGCUGCUAUGACGGCUGAAGAGCUAUUAUAUGGUCCAGGAAUAGAUGACUCAGUAUGAAUCUCCAAGGACUUAUGAUGAUCACCGCAAAGGACUUCGGGAGGAACGGGCUCUACAAAAACAGCGAUAACUUUUUGAAUUAUUAAUUUUUUUUUUUGAAAUUUUCGUGAAGUCAAAUCGAAACGUGUUCUAAUAAAGCUAUGUUUUUAUUUUUGUCAAAUAAAGUAAUUAACUACAAAAAAAAAAUUAUUGAAAAUCAUCAUUUUUUCAGGCCUCUGAGUACCCCUAACCCCUUAAUCAAACUUAAUAGUUUGUCUACUUUUAUCGAUAUACUGUUAUGUACUACGUAGAACCGAUUGUUGGCCUUAUACGUAUAACGUAUAACGUAUAAUGUAUACUUAAAACUUGAAAAUGUCAAUGAUACUAGCUAGACGAUAAAUUUACGCCAUUGCUAGAGAUUCCACUUGUCUUUUAUUCUGAUUCCUUGUGUUGUAAAAACUUGUUACGGUAUUACACUAGCAUACAUCCAACUAUCCGUACAUUUUUUUUCAUUUAAUUUUCAGUUUUACGUUUAUAUAAAUUGUAUCGUUAUUGUUAUUAAUUUUUCAUAAACGAUAAUAGGCAAAGGCCCUCCUCAUUUACUUUUCAACCAUAAAUAUAGUAGAUUUAAUAUUUUACUGUUAGUACAGAUCUAACACAGUUAUAAAUUCCAUUAUAAUUACAAUAAUCUUUAUCAAGACCUGCCCUUAAAAAAAAAAUAUAUAUAUACAUUAUAAUUUUACCUGUUAUUAUAUAU